AUGCCUACCAUCGCACUUCCAGACGCGUUUGACACACUUGGUUUGCCAGAGUUUGCGACCUUUGAACAAGUCAAAGCUGCGUACAAGCGACUCGCUCUUCAAUAUCAUCCAGACAAGAACACUUCUCCAGAUGCUACAACCAAAUUUCAAGAUAUAGGCGCUGCAUACAACCGUCUCCAGCAUCACUUUCAAUCUGGCUCCAAUUCAUCUCCAUGCUGCUCGUGCGGUCGAAACCACGACGAGGACCACGAUUAUGAAGACUAUGAAGAUGAUCGCAUGAAUCUAUUCUUUUUCUUGUUCAUGUUCCAAAGAGCUUUCUCUCAAAACGGACUCAGGACUAGACAAGAGACCGUGCGGCGAGAGGCCCUCGAGCGCGAGGCUGCCGAGCGUCGUGCACAACGUCAAGCUGAAGGGGCAGAGCGCGCACGCCUCGAACAAGUACGCAAGCAAGCGGUUGAAGAAGCGGAACGCAAAGCUGCAAACAAGCGCAAGGAGAAAAGAGCUCGAGCUGCAACGGAUCGCGCCGAGAAUGAACGAGCAAAGCAAGAGGUCGUGCUAGAGGGCAAGCGAAACACUCAACGCAAGCGCAACGAAGCAUUUCGAUUGGCACGCAUGAAUGAUUCCAAAGGUGUCGAGGAGAAGAUUUACGCCGAGCACGUCGACGCCGCGGGUGGCGAAUGGCUUCCGGGUAUGGAUCGCGAUCCCACUUUUGCUCAGCAGAUCAAGGAGAAUGAAAUCCGCAAAGAGGAGACUCUCCUUCACAUCUUUACUCGCCAUGGAAACUUGCCUUAUGUUCAGAGGCUCCUCGAGCAUAAUGCCGAAGUGGAGGAGCGCGAUGUGAACAUGCUCGUACCACCAAAAGACGCGCCGUCGCAUUUCACACCGCUUCAUCUCGCUAUGGAUUCCCUCUCAGUUUCGAUGGUGCAACUCGUACUCGACAAAUCUCUCUAUAGCGACAGCGAGCUCAAGAGCGCGUGGGCAUUUAUCACCUCUCACAGCGGUCGGAACGGACCCGGGAAGGGUUACGCACUUGAGUACAACAGCCGCGAACAUCCAAUGUCGGGAGACGACAUAUUACAUUGGAUAAAGAUUCGAGAGAUCAUUAGGGUGGAGGGGCGCUUUGACAUUCCGGCAGUCCCUUUUGCGUCUCGUCCAGUGAUCCCAAUUUCGCCAUCCACGGCUUCAGACGAGAUCAAACAGACUACACUCGCAAAUAAAGAAACAGAUGACACAGAUGGUGCUAAGUCGAGAAAAGGAGAGCAAACCACGAACCGACUUCGCUAUCCCGCAUCUUGGUCAAAACCGCCAGUCUCUUUCGAUAAUGAUACAAGGGCUACCUCAGCCAGCCAAUUGACGUUCGCGCCAAAGCCAUUUGACCAGACGGAGGAUGCUCAGACAAUAGCUGAAUUUUCGAUUCCGGUUGGCGAACCCGCAGCCAUCCGCAUCCAAAUCAAACCUCCAGCACCGGAGACGAAUAAAAAGAGGCCAGAAGAAGCAUAUCCAUCACCCGUGAGCACACUGCCGUCGCCGCUGAGUGGAUAUCCCGUAGAGUCGAGUGAAAACUCCUCGUUCAAGGCGUCAGAAGGAGGAUUCAUGUCGAGAUAUUAUCGUCAAGCGACCGAAUCUGCUUCUAUGAGCGGUGGUAGAACCGCGCUGCCCGCAGGCUUUAGUGUAGAUGGCCGUGCUAAACGAGGACGAAGACGCGGUCGCAAGGAGACUAAGAUCGAACUUCCCUGA